CAUGGGAGAUGUUAAACCUAGAAUAAGUGAAGAAUCCAAUGAUAAGUCAAAGAUAUGGAAACUCACUGAAAUAAAUGAACCAUCUCAAUGUAGAUCCUUGAAGCUACCUGAGAAUGUAAGAGUGAACAAGAUAUCAAGGUUGAUAUAUACUAACUCAGGUAAUGCUAUUCUGGCAUUAGCUUCAAAUGCCAUUCAUCUGCUCUGGAAGUGGCAGCGUAGUGACCGUAAUUCAUCUGGCAAGGCCACUGCCAGUGUGCUACCCCAGUUGUGGCAACCUUCUAGUGGCAUCCUGAUGACUAAUGACAUCACUGAUAGCAAUACUGAGGAUGCCGUUCCAUGCUUUGCUCUGUCAAAAAAUGAUUCUUAUGUAAUGUCAGCAUCAGGAGGGAAGAUUUCUCUGUUCAAUAUGAUGACUUUUAAGACAAUGACAACAUUCAUGCCUCCGCCACCUGCAGCAACUUUUCUUGCUUUCCAUCCUCAGGAUAACAAUAUUAUUGCUAUAGGCAUGGAUGAUUCUUCCAUUCAAAUAUAUAACGUCCGUGUAGAUGAGGUUAAAAGUAAACUCAAAGGCCAUACUAAAAGAAUAACUGGUCUUGCUUUUUCUCAUGUAUUGAAUGUGCUAGUUUCAUCUGGAGCAGAUGCUCAGCUUUGUGUGUGGAAUACUGAUGGAUGGGAAAAGCAGAAGUCAAGAUUCUUGCAACUUCCUGCAGGGAGAACUCCACCAGCACAGGCAGACACCCGUGUACAGUUUCAUCAGGAUCAGAUCCGCUUCUUGGUUGUACAUGAAACUCAGCUUGCCAUUUAUGAAGCAACAAAACUAGAAUGUUUAAAGCAGUGGUUCCCACGGGAUUCUGCGGCACCAAUAUCGCAUGCAACUUUCUCGUGUGAUAGCCAACUUGUAUAUGCCAGUUUUUUAGAUGCGACCGUCUGUGUAUUUAGCGCUUCAAACCUUAGAUUACGCUGUCGAAUCAAUCCUUCUGCUUAUCUUUCUGCUAGUGUCAGCAGUUCUAACGUACAACCUCUUGUUAUUACUGCACAUCCUCAAGAACCAAAUCAGUUUGCUGUAGGACUGUCAGAUGGUGGAGUUCAUGUUUUUGAGCCCCUUGAGUCUGAAGGCAAAUGGGGUGUGCCUCCACCCAUUGAGAAUGGAUCAACAAGCAAUAUAGCAGCUACUUCAGUUGGAGCUUCUUCAGAUGAAGCACAGAGAUGAUCCAUGUCAGCCAAAGACAAGUUUCUUUUACACAUACUUGGCUUGCUGGCCAUUUCAAGAACUAGGUAUGUACUUAAGAUAAUGCAUCCAGGGCACUCUCCGAAUUAGUUCAUCCAUUGUGAAGUCUGGCCUUUGUGCACAGUCACACACCAGAACAAUGGACAAAAAACCAAAAGUUAAACCUUGUAAUUGCCAAAAUAUGUGAAAAUUUCUUGCAGGUCUAAUGCUACAGGUGUAGAAGUUCUCUAAAGUUUAAAGUUUUUCUGCCUUUUUAUUUAGAUUGGUUUAUCCUAACUUCUCUUUUGUAAUCUUUGGAGACUCUAAAUGUAACUUACUAGGAUAAUAUUGUCUUCACCGCUUACAUUUUAUUUAUAUAUGAAUAUAUAAUUUUUUUUUGU